CCACUUCCUACUUCCGCAAACACAGCUCCGUGGUAGCUGCCCGUUUAUCGGGCUAAUCAGAGCGCUCGUUGACGUCUCGUCUCCCGGCUUCGUUACACAGUUCCGACGUGUAUGAGCGGCUGGUCGACCGUCAUGACGGCCAACAGCCGCGGCUCCGCCGCCGAGCCUCCGGGCCUGGAGACCCAGCGGAGGGAGAUCGAGUCUCUCCUGCGGGAGUGUGAGCUUCGCGUUGGGGACGGUUGGUACGUGAUAGAGCGUCGCUGGUAUGAACAGUGGAAGAAGUUCGUGGAGGACGGAGACCAGAACUCCUCUUCCUUCCCCGGUCAGAUCGACAACACUGAGCUGUUUGAGGAUCUGGAGUCGUUCCACCUGAAGGAGCGCCUGGUGGAGAACGAGGACUUUGUGCUGGUCCCGGCGGAGGCGUGGCGGCGCCUGCUGGCCUGGUACGGGGCGCUGGACGGGCAGCCGGCGCUGGAGCGCAAGGUGGUGGACCUUCCCAGCACUCUGAAGGUGGAGGUCUACCCUGUCGAGAUCUUCCUCUGUCUCCAUAGCAACAUGGAGAACGUCAUCACGGCCCUGUUCAGCCACACCGACAGCAUACACUCCAUCCAGAGGGCGAUGUGCGAUGCCUUCACGGUGCCUCCGGGAUCUGAGUGCCGCCUCUGGCUGAAGAGCUCAGACAGCAGCUGUGAGCGUCUCAGGAACGUGAGCGUGAGCCUGUUGGAGGCCUGCCUGAGCUCCGCCAUGACGGUGAUCAUGGAGACGAGGAGCCCUGACGGCACCUGGCCGAGCUCCAGACCUCAGAUCAUGAGGAACUCUGAGGAGGACCAUGACUCAUAUCGAGGACAACCCGGAGUAUGUGGCCUCAUCAACCUGGGAAACACCUGCUUCAUGAACUCUGCUCUGCAGUGCCUCAGCAACACCCCCCCCCUGACGGAGUACUUCCUGCAGAGCUGGUACCUGGAGGAGCUGAACUUCUCCAACCCUCUGGGCAUGAAGGGCGAGAUCGCCGAGUCCUACGCCGACAUCACCAAGCAGAUGUGGUCAGGGAGGCAGGACUCGGUGUCGCCGCGCGUCUUCAAGACCAAGGUGGGCCACUUUGCCUCCCAGUUCCUGGGCUACCAGCAGCACGACAGUCAGGAGCUGCUCUCCUUCCUGCUGGACGGGCUGCACGAAGACCUGAACCGGGUCAAGAACAAAGAGUACAUCGAACUGAGGGACGCCGAAGGACGCCCGGACCAGGAAGUGGCCGAUGAGGCGUGGCGUAACCACCGGCGGCGCAACGACUCUGUGAUCGUGGACACGUUUCACGGCCUCUUCAAGUCCACGCUCGUCUGCCCCGAGUGCCUCAAGGUCUCCGUGACCUUCGACCCCUUCUGCUACCUGAGCGUCCCACUUCCUGUCAGCAAGGAGCGCGUCAUGGAGGUGUUCUUUGUGUCCCUGGACCCCCACGCCAAGCCUGCUCAGCAUCGUGUGGUGGUCCCUAAAGCAGGAAGUGUCGCUGACCUCUGCUCCGCUCUGUCAGAGAUGACCAACGUUCCUCCCUCACAGAUGGUGGUAGCUGAUGUCUUCAACCAUCGCUUCUAUAAGAUCUUCUCCUGUGAUGAGAGUCUGAGCUGCAUUCUGGACCGAGACGACAUCUUUGUGUACGAGCUGAGUGGGCGGCAGCAGCAGCAGGAGGAGCAGCAGCAGCAGCAGGAGGAGGAGGUGCAGGAGGAGCAGCAGGUGCUGCUGGCGCUCUACCUGAGGGAGCGCUCCCACUACAGAGACUAUGGCUCCGGCAGCACCUCCUAUGGCACCUCCUUGUUCGGACACCCACUGCCCUGAGGGAGAGAGGCAAGGAGGAGAGCUCUACCAGAUGUCCUUGUGUGUGUGUGCAGGCGCUAUGUGCGACCUCCCGACCCCUCUGAGGAGCUGGAGGAGGAGGAGGAAGAGGAGGAGGAGGAGCUGUAUAAGACCAACGGCCUCAGUGACGAGGAGGACGGUCCAUCUCAGCCCGGCUGCGGCAACGUGGCGGCCAACAGCCAAUCGGACGAGGCCACGACCGCAGAGCCCCGCCCCGCCGUCACCCACACGCAGCCCUCAUUGGACAACAGCGACAUGGAACCACUCUGCGGCGCCGGAGGCGGAGCCACCCAUCCCAACGCCGACCCGCCAGUCGAGCAGCCACCGCAACGCGAGACCGGAGAAGGAGAGGGAGAAGGAGAAGGAGAGGGAGAAGGAGAGGGAGAAGGAGAAGACAAAGAGGCAAAGAGGAAGGCGUGUCGCAGGAGGAGGAGGAGUCUGUUCACCAUCCAUGCUGUGAACUCCAACGGGACGACGGAGAGAGGGACGGGGGAGGGGGAGGGGGGGAACGCCGUGUCCUUCAGCUCUCAGCGCUACGUGGCCAUCGACUGGGACCCGGAGAUGAAGAAGAGGUUCUACAAUGACCACGAGGCCGAGAAGUACAUGAAGCAUGGCAGCAUGGAGGUUCCUCAGCAGCAGACCACGGUGCAGCUUCAGGAGAGCAUCAAGCUGUUCACCACCAUGGAGACCCUGGAGGAGGAGAACCCCUGGUACUGCCCGCAGUGUAAGAAGCACCAGCUGGCCACCAAGAAGCUGGACCUGUGGUCUCUGCCUGAGGUCCUCAUCAUCCACCUGAAGAGGUUCUGCUACACCAAGUUCACCAGAGAGAAGCUGGAGAGCACCGUGGAGUUCCCCCUCAGGGACCUGGACUUCUCCGGCUUCCUCCUGAGGAAACUGUCCAAUGGGGAGCCUCCGAGCCGCUAUGACCUCAUCGCUGUGUCCAAUCACUACGGAGGGCUCAGAGACGGCCACUACACCAGCUAUGCGAGGAACAAGGACAGCGGUCAGUGGUUCUACUUUGACGACAGCAAGGUGACGUACGCCAGAGAGGACCAGAUCAUGACCAACGCUGCUUACGUCUUGUUCUACCACCGUCAAGACAAGGUCAGACCGCCCCUUGAUGACAUCACCUCCAGCAGGGACCCCAGCGCCUCCCCCUCCGUUACCACGGAAACGAUAGAUAUCUCUUAAGGACGACGAUCCUCCUUGAUCACCUCUGAUUCUCUCGGAGGUUUGACCUCAUUGACCUUUAAGGAAGAAUUAAGUUUUACGAGUUGCUUUAAUAUUCAGUUAGACAUAAUAAAAAAGGACAUUUCUAUAUUUAUUAAUAUAAAAAAACACAAGGUUCCAUAUUUGAUAUUAAAAGUUAUAUUUAUAAAAGUGAACAGGUUGAUUAAAUAAUAAACUAGUUUGGCUGAAGUCAACUUGUACUAAAUUAAAUUUCUUGUUUAUAAGAGCGGAGCUGGGGAUUCUGGGUAAUCAGAGGUUUAUAAUGUAAUAUUGAACCGAUUGAUUUCUUUGUAUAUUUUGGUUGUUUUCUGUUUUUUUAAGAUCAGUCACGAUGUUUGAUCUUUGGAUGUUUUCGGGUUAUUUCUCUAGAGAUUUGGGGUGAAAUCAUCUGACAGAGCGACGGUCACAAAGUUGACUUCUGGCUCUCACCGGUUUUAAAGUUGUACAGUAUUUUUGUAAGAAUUGUAAUAUUAUUAUCUUCUACUUCUUGGGGGAACAAGACAAUUCUUUGGUCUUCUGUCAAAUAUCAGAGCAAAAAUAUUUUAAUAAAAGGACGAUGAUUAUUAUCACAAGCUUA